UGCGUUUUUUGUGAUGUAAAUUUCGAUUAAUUAAUCUUCCAAAAUAGCCUGUAUUUUGUGGUAAAAACUGCGGUUUUUGUUGGUCAAUUUGAACGAGCAAGCUUUCGCUAGGUUUUGCUUGUCCCGACGAGCCAUGAUGUCUGCGGAAACACCUACCCUCAGCCGCACUAUCACGGAAACUAUCCCGCAAGAUGAGGUAGUCCCCGGUCCUAGCACCAGCCCGCGACAGGAACCACCAGUAUUACGAUUACGGCUGCAGAAACCGCGUAACGACAAGAAGGUCCAGUGGACAAAUGGUACAGUCGAUAACGAGCAUAUGAACAAGAAGAAAUCAAAGUGCUGCUGCAUCUACGUUAAGCCACGGGCAUUCGGCGAGAGUUCAUCCGAAAGUGAAGAUGAAUGCGAAAACUGCUUUGGGCAUGUUGAGUUAAAAAAGAAAAACCAGAAAAAACCAUCAACAGCCCAUGGGGACGGCGAUGAGGGUGAGAACGAUAAUUCCGAUGGUGUCAAUGGACCAAUGCCGACGGGUGAUCCUACCCCACAGUGUUGCAAAUCGGAAAAUUAAUUUUGUAAACGAUGUGCGAGACGCUUUACUUUGUUUUUGGUCAUUGCUCAAGAAACGACAAAAAAUGGACAACGCAUUGCGGCACGGAGCGAACGGUGUAGAUGAACAAAAAUGUAUUUAGAACCAAAUCUGUACAUACAUCUCUAAUUUAAAUAAAUUAAAACUUUUAUCAUAGUCA